AGAUGUAAAUGAAUGUGAAACAAACAACGGAGGCUGUGAUGACAUUUGCCAUAACACUGCAGGAAGCUUUGUGUGUUCAUGACGGGCUAUGCUCUACAACCAAAUGGUCAUAGUUGUAUUGACAUCGAUGAGUGUUCUGAAAAUCGCAGAAUUUGUAGCGGUGGUGAAUGUAUUAACACUCAAGGGAGUUUCACCUGCGUAUGCACCAAUGGCCUGAAACCAGGGAUCAAUAGCUCCCAGUGUAUUGAUAUCAACGAAUGUGAGGACAAAGAGAGGAAUGUAUGCAAUAACGGAGAAUGCCUCAAUACCAUUGGAUCCUAUAAAUGUCAGUGUGAAACAG